AUGCAAACAGCUGCCAGAUUCCGUCCAUCGACUUCCGCUCCUGGAGAUGGUUCACGUACCCAAACGAUUACCCGCGAUCCUACACGAGAAGAGGAUGACUACGAGGGAGAACGGGACGAAGACAAGGAAGAAGGUGGAAGUGGUAGCAAUGUGGUGGGCUCUUUGAGGCUUAGGGGUGGACCCAAGAAGAAGAGCCGACAGCGGGUUGCCUGGGGAGAGGAGGUUAUAGACAACGAAGGCUGCGGAAAAAAGAAAUCAAAAAUUUGUUGUAUCUACCACAAACCACGCCGAUUUGACGAGUCGUCGGACGAAUCUGAUUCAUCUGAUUCUGAUUCUGACCAUGACCACUCUUCUCAUAAUCAUAAUCAUCACCACAACCACAAUCAUGAACAUCAACCGAACGGGGGUUCCAGUACGAAUGGCCAGCAGUCCCAUUCCUCAGUGGUGCACGAGCUGGAGCAUCCUGAAUAUGAACCCAAUGCGUAUGAGAAGCAGCCCAAGAGCAAUGGGAAGCGUAGAGAAGUAACUUUCAAGCCUAUGCCUUACGAGUAG